AUGUCUGGAAACUGCUGUUCUAGGAAAUGUCCCUCCGUGCCAGCCAUCGCUCUCUGCUCCACUGAGGUGUGCUGCAGAGGGCCCGUCUUCUUGCCCAGUUCCUGCCAGAGCCAAACAUGGCAGCUGGUGACUUGCCAAGAUGGCUGCGGAUCAUCCAGCUGUGGCCCACAGUGCUGCCAGCCUGUGUGCUGCGAGGCCACCACUUGCGAGCCCUCCUGUUCUGUGAGCAGCUGUGCCCAACCUGUGUCCUGUGAGGCCACCACUUGUGAACCAUCUUGCUCCAUGAGCAGCUGCUGCCAGCCUGUGUGCUGUGAGUCUGCCACUUGUGAGCCGUCUUGUUCCAUGAGCAGCUGCUGCCAGCCUGUGUGCUGUGAGUCUGCCACUUGUGAGCCGUCUUGCUCCACGAACAGCUGCUGCCAGCCUGUGUGCUGUGAGGCUGCUUCCUGCCAACCCAUCUUCUGUGUGCCCACCCCCUGCCAGCCUAUUGUCUGCAAGCCCAGCUGCUGCCAGCCAGUCGUUUGUGAGCCCAGCUGCUGUCCAGCUGUCUGCACUGUGCCCAGCUCCUGCCAACCGGUGGUCUGUGAGCCCUCUUGCUGUCAGCCGGUGUGCCCCACCCCUAGCUGCUGUCCAUCUGUCUGCUCUGUGGGCAACAGCUGCCAGGCUGUUUGCUGUGGUCCCAGUCCUUGUGAGCCAUCUUGCUCAGGGCCCAGCAUCUGCCAGCCAGCUUCCUGCGCGGCUCUCGUCUGUGAGCCUGUCUGCCUUCGCCCUGUCUGCUGUGUUCCGAACCCUUGCGAACCACCUUGUGUCUCUAGCCCUUGCCAACAGCCUUCUUGCUGUGUCUCUAGCAUCUGCCAACCUAUCUGCUCAGAGCCCAGUGCCUGCUCACCAAUGGUCUGUGUGCCCCGUCCAUGCCAACCUACUUGCUGCAUAGUCAAGCGCUAUCAACCCAUCUGCUGUGAGCCUGUCUCCUGCUCACCUACUUCCUGCCAGACUCCCUGCUGCAGCCUGGGGUCUUCUGCUUCUGCCACCUGCCAACCAACUUGCCCUCGGACUUUCUUUAUACCCAGCCCCUGCAAACAGCCUUGCACGACUUCAAUUUCCUACCGCCCGAUUUGCCGCCCCAUCUACUCUGGCCCCUUUGCCUACAGACAGCCAUAUGUGACAUCCAUCUCCUACCGCCCUGGCUGCUACCGCUCUUGUUACUCUAUCCUGCGCCGCCCAGCCUUUGUCACUUCCAUCUCCUACCGCCCGGUGAGCUCCUUCCUGCCUUGUGCCGACUCCUGCAAACGGGACCGCAAAAAGUCCACUUCUAGCCUAGGGGAUGGUGCUGACUCCACUCCCUGCAAGACAGAAAUCUCCAAUCCCUGCCAGCCCACUGAGGCCAAAUCCACCAGCCCAACCACCCGCGAAGCCACGGCCGGCCAGCCUGCUGCCACCAAGCCUGCCAAUUGCUGA